GGCUCCUUCUAUAUAAGUAGAAAGCGGACUGCUGAAUAAAAUUCCAAUUAUUUCUUUGGGCUGUGUUGUAGGUUAACUUGAACGAAGGAUGCCCGAACCGGCUAAAUCUGCCCCGGUGCCCAAAAAGGGCUCCAAGAAAGCCAUCACCAAGACCCAGAAGAAAGGGGACAAGAAGCGCAGGAAGAGCCGCAAGGAGAGCUACUCCAUCUAUGUCUAUAAGGUGCUGAAGCAGGUCCAUCCCGACACCGGCAUCUCCUCCAAGGCCAUGAGCAUCAUGAACUCCUUCGUCAACGACAUCUUUGAGCGCAUCGCGGCUGAGGCUUCCCGCCUGGCUCACUACAACAAGCGCUCCACCAUCACCUCCCGGGAGAUCCAGACGGCCGUCCGCCUCCUCCUGCCCGGAGAGCUGGCCAAGCACGCCGUCUCCGAGGGCACCAAGGCCGUCACCAAAUACACCAGCUCCAAGUAAAAGGUGCUUAUUCCUUGCAAAAGCUCGCGGGGAUCCCGAA